UGAAAAUUCACAUCUUCGAUAAUAUGCUCAAUUACCAGUGACUGAUUUUUUGUCCUUGGCAUAUUGAAAUGGUUUUGCUAUUUAGAAACCUUUUGCUGAGACACCAGCUGACCACAAAUUGGAAUUACAACUGAUGGCACCAUAAAUAUAGACACACUGUACUAAUUAUUAUGUUUAUGUAGUUUACAUAUGAUGAAUGGAUACAUUGGCCAGUGUCAUAAAUAAAUGUGAACAUAUUGAAGUUUAUUGCUUUUUCAUUAGCCAAUGUAUAUGUGAGGUUACCUGUGAGUAAGCAUGUGACCCCUUAGAAAUAGAAUGAAGACAGGAGACAUCUGAUAAAGUUGGAAAUGUAAUGUAUCCAAUUUUAUCUUAUAUUGACACAAACACAAAUUGUUUACAUUUCAUUCCAAUCGAUCCUGUUCUUUGUAACUUCAUUUUGCUAAUUUAAAUUUUCCAAUCUUUGUUGUGAAAUCUCAAAAGUCCUCUCAUGUUUUACAUUCACAGUAAAAUUAUUCCAAAGCAUGCUUAUUCACAAGUAUUAUUUCUAUUUUCAGGGUUGAAUCCAUAUGUUACGGAUGAUGGGGAUACGGUGACAUACCACUGCGACAAAUGCCCUGAAACGUUCGACGAUCCUAAAAAAUUAACCAAACAUAGGCAUGAUGUUCAUGGAUUAGUGAAGUUGAUCUGUAAUAUGUGUGACGCUUCAUUAAUCAACAUGCAUUUUCAUUAUGCCAAACAUUUAUAUUAUACACAUUAUUUUGAUGGCAAAGGAUGUUAUGAGUGCUCUGUUUGUGGAAAGUUCUUAAGCUGUGAAGAAUCCCUACAGAAACAUUUGAAAAUUCAUGAUACACGAGAACUUCAUACGUGCAAUACAUGUGGUCAGAGGUUUACCCUCGCAGCCAAUCUCAAAACCCACGAGAAUUCACACAUGAACACACCCCAUGUGGCCAGAAAUCGGCUUGACGAUUCAAAGAAGACGCAUCAAUGUGUCCAUUGUGGCUUGCGAUUCUCUCGUGAUGCACAUGUGAAACGUCACAUCCUCACGCAGCAUUCCAGUGCAGCAGUUGUGGAAGCAACAAGAGAAGUUGCCCGGAAACAUAUUAGGGAUCAUCGAACCAGAAAAGGAUGUGUUCCUAAGCGUGGUCCUGGUUUUAUGCCUAAAAUAGAGGGAGAAACAGCAGCCCAAGCAAGAGCAAGGAGAAAAGCAAAUAAGAAGAUAGCCCAGGCUGCAGCUGCUGCAAUGAGGGAAGCACGACAAGCUAAUGCCCAAGCGCAGGCACAGGCUGCUGCACAGGCUCAAUCUCAGCCUAUUGCACUGGAUGGACAAAACCAGCAAAGCCAGCAUGAGUCUAUACCACAACAUAAUUCACACAGUUCACUCUCUCAAGGCCCUCCUUUGCCACCUCUACCAACCCAAGUACCCCUGCAAAGGCCAGUACCACCACCCAUGCAUUCAAUCCCCCAGAUGCCCUCAACAUCAAUGCAUCAUGUGCAGAGAAAUGGGCCACCCAUACCAAUGUCUAUGUCUCAGAUGUCUACACCUACAUAUUCUCAUUCACAACUGGGUAGUCCUCCCAUGCAUUCUCAGAUCUCUGUACCUAUGCAUACUCAGAGACCUGGACCAGCACACGCUCAUAGUUCUACAGUGCAUGUCAAUAUGGAACAGUACUAUGGAGCACCUACGGCAACCAGGGAUAUAUUCAACUACUUUAAGUUAUAA